CUCGGUGCACUAAGUGGUGUCCAGUUGUUGUACAACGGUCAGUCACACAAUUUGUUGGAAGCUGCUUUUCAGAAACUUUUUAAAAAAUUUUAUUUUAACUUUUUUUUCUUACACUGCGUUUCGCUCUUUUUCCCUACAUUUUGUGGAUUUAAGAGCACAGGCACCGGUUGCUCCUUGACUUUUUUUUUUUUGACCAUGCUGCAAACUUUACACUUCUGCCAUUAAAACUCGCUGUGUGAUGUGAAGCUGUGAACUCCUGAAGGAAAUAACUUCAUAUAUAUACUCACAAUGACUGAGGAAGGCAGAAGUGAGCACAGAGCUGAAAGCGGGAAGGACCUGGAGAAACAGCUGCGGUUGCGAGUGUGCGUCCUAAAUGAACUUUUAAAGACUGAGCGGGACUAUGUCGGGACGCUCGAGUUUCUCUCGGUGUUCCUGCAUCGUCUCAAUCAGUACGCAGCCACCAAAAUCGAAAAGAACGUCACAGAGGAAACGGUGAAGGUCUUAUUCUCUAACAUUGAGGAGAUUCUGGCUGUUCACAAAGACUUCCUGUCCAUGGUGGAGGAGCUCCUGCAGCCCGACCCUCACGCUCACCAUGAAAUCGGUCGCUGCUUCUUGCACUUUAGGAGCCGUUUUCAGAUUUAUGACGAAUACUGCGGGAACCACGAGAAGGCCCAGAGGCUGCUGCUGGAGCUCAAUAAGAUCAGAAAUGUCAGGACAUGUUUACUGAACUACAUGUUGCUGGGAGGCAGAAAAAACACAGAGGUCCCACUGGAGGGAUAUCUGGUAGCUCCUAUUCAGAGGAUUUGCAAGUACCCGUUGCUGCUCAGAGAGCUGCUUAAGAGGACCCCGAAGAAGCACAACGACUACGCUCUGGUACAGGAGUCUCUGCAGGUGAUGAAAGAGGUGUGCUCCAGCAUCAAUGAGGCCAAGAGACAGAUGGAAAAAUUGGAGAUUUUGGAGGAAUGGCAGUCGCAUAUCGAGGGCUGGGAGGGUUCAAAUAUCACAGACACAUGCACGGAGAUGCUAAUGCAAGGUGUCCUGCUGAAGAUUUCAGCUGGGAACAUACAAGAGAGGAUUUUUUUCUUGUUCGACAAGCUUCUGGUCUACUGCAAGAAGAAAAAUAGGCGUUUAAAAAACAGUAAGACGUCCACUGAGGGCCCUCGCUACCUGUUCAGGGGAAGAAUCAGCACUGAGGUGAUGGAGGUGGAAAAUGUGGAUGAUGGCACAGCUGACUACCACAGCAGCGGGAACAUAGUGAACAACGGCUGGAAGAUCCACAACACGGCCAAGAACAAGUGGUUCGUCUGCAUGGCCAAGACCCCGGAGGAGAAGCAGGAGUGGCUGGAGGCCAUCAUGAAAGAGAGGGAACGCAGGAAAAGUCUGAGGCUCGGCAUGGAGCAGGAUACGUGGGUGAUGGUGUCAGAGAAGGGAGAGAAGCUCUAUCACCUCAUGACCAAGGGUAACCUCAUAAAGGACCGGAAACGCAAGCUCACCACCUUUCCCAAGUGUUUCCUGGGAAGUGAGUUUGUGUCCUGGCUGAUGGAAAUCGGUGAAACGGACAACCCAGAAGAAGGGGUUCACCUGGGUCAAGCUCUGCUGGAGAAUGGUAUCAUCCACCACGUCACAGACAAACAUCAGUUCAAACCUGAGCCCGUGCUCUACCGUUUCCGCUACGACGAUGGCACCUAUCACCCGAGAAGUGACAUGCACGAUGUUAUAUCCAAGGGUGUUCGGCUGUUCUGCCGUCUUCACAGCCUCUUCACUCCCGUCAUCAGGGAUAAGGACUAUCAUUUACGGACCUACAAAUCAGUGGUCAUGGCUAACAAGCUCAUAGAUUGGCUUAUAGCACAGGGGGACUGCAGAACGAGGGAGGAAGCAGUGAUCUUGGGGGUGGAGCUCUGCAACAAUGGCUUCAUGCAUCACGUGCUGGAGAAGAGUGAAUUCAAGGACGAGCCCCUACUGUUCCGCUUCUUCGCUGAUGAGGAGAUGGAGGGUUCCAACACAAAGUACAAACCUAUGAAGCAUGACCUGAAAAUACUUGAAAAUGUCAUCUCCAAGUCUCUCCUGAUAAGGCCCAGUGAUGGAGGCUAUGGCUUUACCCUGGAAGAGAGGAACCGCGUCCCCAUAAUCAAAUUUGUUGAGAAGGGCUCCCCAGCUGAGAUGGCUGGCCUGGAAGUGGGGAAGAAGUUGUUUGCUAUAAAUGGAGACCUGGUGUUCCUCAGGCCUUUCUCUGAAGUUGAAGCUCUCCUCAAGCAAUGUUUUAACAGCAAAGGACCCCUCCGAGUGCUGGUCAGCACCAAGCCUAGAGAGACAAUAAAGAUUCCAGACUCGGCCGAUGGCUUGGGAUUCCAGAUCCGUGGAUUUGGUCCUUCUGUGGUCCAUGCUGUUGGGAGAGGCACAGUGGCAGCAACUGCCGGUCUCCACCCAGGCCAGUGCAUUAUAAAGGUGAACGGUAUCAAUGUGAGCAAGGAGAGCCAUGCCAGCGUCAUCGCUCAUGUCACAGCGUGCAGGAAGUAUCGGCGACCCACGCAGCAAGAUACUAUCAAGUGGGUCUACAACAGCAGUGAGAACGCCCAGGAGGACAACCAGAAAACUAACCAGAAACCCAUCCCUGAGAAGAAUGGAGAUGGCUUUGAGUGUAAAGUCGAAGAGGUAAUGGAUAAAAUCAACACUAUAGCUAUCAUUGAUGGAAAAACAGACCAUGUAAGUCUGACAGUAGACAAUGUCCACCUGGAGUACGGAGUGGUGUACGAGUAUGACAGCACAGCUGGCACCAAGUGCCAUGUACUGGAGAAGAUGGUUGAACCCAAGGGAUUCUUCAGCCUCACUGCUAAGAUCCUGGAGGUACUGGCGCGUAAUGAUGAUGCGCUGGUGCAGAUGUGUGGAAGGUUGAUUUCCAGCUGUGAUCUGAUCCCAGAGGAGCUGCGGGUGCGCCUCAGUGCCAUGCAUAGUGAGAGGGCAGAGCACAUUAAUCGACGCAUCACUAACUACAGAAAGUUUUCCCGGGUACUCAAGAACAGGGCAUGGCCCACCUUUAAGCAGGCGAAGGCCAAGGUGUCUCCUCUCCAUAGUAGUGACUUCUGCCCCACAAACUGUCACAUUAAUGUGAUGGAGGUGUCCUAUCCAAAGACCACAACCUCUUUGGGUAGUGCGUUUGGUGUGCAGCUGGACAACAGGAAGAAUACGCUGGAGAAAGGAGGCCGCAGCAGUGCUGAGCAGGGUAAGCUGAACCCCAUGGUAAAUGUGCAGCACACCAUUACAACUAUGGCAGCACCAUCGGGUCAUAGCCUGGGGCGGACUGAGGGCCAUGGCCUUCGUUUCCUGCUCAGAGAAGAAGACCUGCUCACCCUGGAUGCAUAUCAGAAACUUCUCUAUAAACUCACUGCUGCUGUCAGGGAGAUGGAGACACACGGCGCCCACAUUGAUGACCUUCUAUCCUCCAUCACCCAUCCUCCAGCCUCAGAGGUGAGAACCCCUGAGAGCUACAUUACGGGAGAGAGUGAGGGAGAGAAGGGUGAAAGGAAUGGGAAGAAAGUCUGUUUUAAUAUGGCAGGGGAUGAGCAGGAGGACUCCGGGCACGACACAAUCAGCAACAGAGACUCGUACAGUGACUGUAACAGCAAUCGAAACUCCAUUGCCUCGUUCACCAGCAUCUGCAGCAGUCACUGCAGCUCCUACGUUCACAGUGACGACAUGGACUCAGGAGAUGAGAUGCCCUCGAGUGUGUGGCUGUCCCAUGAUAAGCAGAAGAAGCUUCACAGCUUUCUAGAGCACCUGUUUAGCCAGGUGGACUCAAUCUCUAGCAUGCUGACAGGAGCAGUAGUGGCUCGGGCAUUUGAGCAGACCAAAUGCUUCACACCUGGAAGAGGAUUACAAGAGUUUCAGCAGGAGAUGGAGCCCCGAGUGAGCUGCACCAAAAAGUUGCGUCUCCACGUCAAGCAGGAUCCCUGGAACCUUCCCAGCAGCGUUCAGGCGCUCACACAAACCAUAACUAAAUAUGUUGAAGAGGUGAAGACUCGACUGCUCUUGGUCCUACUACAGUAUACAGACUCAGAGAUCCAGUUACGUCGCGAUAUGGUAUUUUGUCAGUCUCUAGUGGCAUCUGUGUGUGCCUUCUCCGAGCAUCUGCUGGCUGUCCUCAACCAGUUCUGCAAUGUAGGGAAAGACGUGGACCAGGAAAUCCCUGACUCCCAGGACCUUCAGGAGGCCCAGGAAGCUAGCCGUCGAUGGCUCGAGCAGAUUGCCAGUGCUGGGCUGCUGUUCCACUUCCAGUCUCUCCUUUCGCCCAAUCUGACUGAUGAGCAAGCCAUGCUGGAAGACACUCAAGUAGCCCUAAUUGACCUGGAGAAAGUCACCUUCUACUUCCAGGAAUUUGAAGGGGAGCCUCUUGUUGCCAACAUGCCCAUUUCAUACCAGGUGGAGGGCAAUCUCCAGGCCUUGAAAGUUUGCUUCUACCUUGAGAGUUUCUAUUUCUCUCAGCUGCCUUACAGGCUGAAAAACGGAGGAGGUGUCAAAAUCUACCCAGUGCUCUUCACACAAGCACUCGAGAGUAUGGAAGGAUACUACUACAGAGAUAAUGUGUCAGUGGAGGAAUACCAGGCUCAAAUCAAUGCUGCCUCAUUGGAUAAGGUCAAGCAGUACAACAAAAGACUGAGGGCUUUCUACCUCGAUCAGUCCAACAUGCCGCCUUGCUCUGCACCAAAAGCAGCCCUCAUAGAUAAGUUAAUGCGUCCCCUCAACGCUCUGGAGGAGCUCUACCGUCUGAUGGAAAGUUUUAUUAGUUGUCGCCGCACCGCUGCCUGUCAGUACACCGCCUGCGGGGCUUCUGGCGUGGGGCUGCUCUCUGUGGCCUCUGAGCUCUGCUCACGUCUGGGAGCCACACACAUUGUCAUGUGCAACAGCGGCGUUCAUCGCUGCACCCUGAGUGUGACACUGGAGCAGGCCAUCCUGCUGGCUCGAAACCACGGCCUUCCACCUCGCUGCAUCAUGCAGGCCACUGAUGUCAUGAGGAAGCAGGGGGCAAGAGUUCAAAAUUCUGCCAAGAACCUGGGAGUGAGGGAUCGUACGCCGUCGUCCGUCCCAAGGUUGUACAAGCUGUGCCAGCCUCCACCCCCAGAUGGUGAUCCAUAAUGCAUCGCAUCCAGGAAGAGGUUUUGAGGAUCUUUUGAGUCAGCAACGCUUUCCCUCCACCAAUAGCUUAAUCUAAUUAAAGAGUUAUUGGGUUCAUUUUACAUGUCCAGAGUAGCCUAAAGUGUAAAUAGAAUUUGUAAACCCCAGAUUGUGUUUUAAUACUUUACAUUUUUCACUGUUGUAUUUGAUACAUAUUGUUGAUUUUCUUUUUAUUCUGUGAUGCAUCUGACAAGACGAUGUGUCAGAGCAAAGGGAGCGAAAUUAGCUUAAUGAAUGAACAAAAUUAAUCCCAUCAGUUAAGUGUCUGCAUAUUAUUCUUCUUGUUUUUAUGAGGGACAUUUGCAUUUCAUGGUAUUAGCUUUAUUUGCAUAUGAAAUAAAAAAAUGAUUAGAAGGAUACUGGAUGUAAUUUGGCACAGUAUUUGUUCAAAUUAGCCAGUAAUUUGUCAGCUUCUGUUCAGCUCUGACUUCAGUGCUUUGUCAGUUCCGUGCUGUUUAAUCGUAUGACUGUGUGUGUGUUUCUUGAAAAGAUGUUUAUUCACUUGUUAAUAUGCACAGCAUUUAGCAAAAAGAAAGGAAAAACAAGGGGAAAAGGUGUUGAUAGAGUCGUACUGUUUCACUGGGUUCAGAUUGUUAGGCAUGGACAUGAAGAUUUGUCAGUGAUUUUAUCAGUAUUAACAUAAAAAAGCAUAGAGCUAGGAGCUAUAUUCUGUGUUCCUAUAUAUAUAUAUGUUGACAGUACUCAGGAUUAAAACUUGCUAUCAUUGUAGAGUGGAUGACUAGCUUGCUACUAUGCAAAGGGUGAUGUUUCCUACAUAGACCGUAUGCCUCUGUAUGAUCAAUGUAAAAAUGAAGAUGACUGGGGGUUUUCUGCAUAUUCCCUUUAAAAUCCUACAUGAUGAUAAUAAUAAUAAUAAUAAUAAUAAUCCUGCCAUGUAUACAGUUUGUAAAAUGUAUAUUAAAGCCGAUUACAGGGGACAUUUCUGUAGUUGAUUUACUCCUGAAAAUGACCACUUUUCCACCGGCCUUGUUGGUUGUGGUUGGUGUAGAAGGUACCCGCCUUUCAACAACACUUUAUUUAGGUGUGCAUGCAGUUUUACUUAUCAAUGUGCAGGUAAUGUGGUCUAAUUAAAGAUACGAG